GGGAGAGAGUCCCGUCGCAUCGGACAGCCGCUCAGUCCCCAACGCCCGUAGAUCGCGAGAGCGUACAAGCGAACCCCGAGGAGAAACGCUCUCUGCUUUUCUUUUUUAAGCAACAUUUUCAAACAAAUUAUUUAUAAAAUAGACAUAAAUAAAAAAAGUAAAUAAAUUACUUACUUAUUAAUUUUAAAAAUAAAAAAUAUUUUUUAAUUUAUCCAAUUGGAGUGGUUAAUUAAAAAAGUGAAAAAAUCGGGAGUUCUGCGCAGAAAAAAACCGCGAAACCGGAUUCAAAUCCGGAGUGUGAAGUGAAGUUUUAAAGUAGUAUUUAUUUAUUUUGAAAAAAUAAAUAAACCAAACAAUGUUUGAUGUUUUCGGAUCAGUUCGGGGCUUGCUCAAGCUCGACCAAGUGAACAUUGACAACAAUGUAUUUCGGUUGCACUACAAAGGAACGGUGAUCCUGCUGAUCGCGUUCUCCCUGCUCGUGACCUCCCGGCAGUACAUCGGGGACCCGAUCGACUGUAUCGUCGAUGAAAUUCCAUUGAACGUGAUGGACACCUACUGCUGGAUCUACUCAACCUUCACAGUACCGGAUCGGUUCGGAAUUAUCGGCAGGGACGUGGUCCAGCAGGGAGUCGCGAGUCAUGUCGAGGGCACCGAUAAAGUUAAGUACCACAAAUACUACCAGUGGGUGUGUUUCGCCCUCUUUUUCCAGGCGAUACUAUUCUACGUUCCGCGGUACCUGUGGAAGACCUGGGAGAGCGGAAGACUGAAGAUGCUCGUCCUGGACCUAAACUGCCCGAUCGUCACCGACUCCAGCAGAACUGAACGCAGCAAACUUCUGGUCGACUACUUCAAGACCAAUCUGCACACGCAGAAUUUGUACGCUUAUAGGUUCUUUUUCUGCGAGAUUCUCAACUUCGUCAACGUCGUGGGGCAGAUCUAUUUUAUGGACUACUUUUUGGACGGAGAGUUCUCCACUUACGGACGAGAUGUCGUGAGGUUCACCGAGAUGGAGCCCGAAGAAAGAGAAGAUCCGAUGGCCAGGGUUUUUCCGAAAGUGACCAAGUGCACGUUCCACAAAUACGGAGCUUCAGGAACGGUCCAGAAGUUCGAUGGACUCUGCGUUCUUCCGCUGAACAUCGUUAAUGAGAAGAUCUACGUGUUCCUCUGGUUCUGGUUCAUCAUCCUGUCGGUGAUCAGCGGACUGAGUCUUCUUUAUCGCCUUGCAGUAGUUCUUCUUCCAAAAUUGAGGCUGAUGAUUCUUCGCGCCAGGUCUCGCAUUUCUUCCCAGAACGAAAUCCAGACGAUAUCCAACAGAUUCCAGAUCGGAGACUGGUUUGUUCUCUAUCAAUUGGGGAAAAAUAUCGACCCUCUGGUGUUCAAGCAGCUGAUUACUGAUCUAGCCACGAGAUUCGAGGGAAAAGAGAGUGUUUAGGGCUAGAAGACUUUAGAAUAAGGGAGUUAAAAUUAUUAUAAUAAUACGAGAUUAUGAAAAUGAUUUUAUUUAUAUGAUUGGACGUUUGUCGCGGCCCAAAUUUAGAUUUGAUAAUAAUAUUUGAUUUUGAGAUGAAGGGUUGUUUUUAAUUUUAAUAAGAUUUUAUAUUAUGACAAUUUGGGUCGCGGCGACUCUAAUUGUGUGAUAAGAGGCGGACGGCGUCGGAAUUUUUUUCUGCCAUUGCUGUUUUUUUUUUUUUUUUUUUUUUUUCUUAAGUCUUGUGAGUGCCUUUGAUCUGCACGGUACUUUUCUUAUUAUUAUUCUACUUUGGAGAUUGCUUUGCCCUUCAAAUUAGCGGGAUUCGAUAUGGUCGGAGUUUGUAAUGUAUCUUUACUUUUUUUAUGGAUCGUUUCGCUGGAGAUUUUUUUUAUAAUUGAUUUUGGAAGUUGGGUUGGGAUUUUUUUUUAAUAUUACAGGGAAUUUUUAAAUAAUUUUUUAAUGAAAAAACAAAUUUCUUUUUUUCGUAAUUUUAGUAAUGUUAAUUUUUUUUAAGAAUUGAAAAUUUGCGAUAUAAUUUUUAUAAAAUUGAAGAGCAAGUUUUUAAUUGUUUGAUUAAUAUUUAAUUUUUUUUUUAUAUAGAUAAAAAUUGUUGAGUGUUGAAAAAUUUUUUUACCCAGAACUGAUCACAAAAUUUGAAGAUGAAGAAAUUUUUUAGAUAAGGAAAUAAUAAUUGUCAAAUAGUAAUUUCCAAUCGAUAAAAUUUUCUAGCACGGAUGAAAUUUAUUUGAACAAUUGUUUCCUAAAAUUUAUUAUAAAUCCCCAGACUCUAGAUAGAAAAACAGACACGUGGACAAUAGUAAUAAUAGUAUUGUAGUCUUACUACAAUAAGGAAAUAGUGAAAGUUCAAGGGUACGAGACAAUAUACUGAAUAAAAUAACGACUCGUACCACAUGCCGAUACCUUUGUUCAUCGGUAUGCUUUUUUGUUCAGAUACCUGAGCACACACCGGCAUACUUUACGAUCUACACACUUAUUCAAACACAGCUAAAAAAUACAACAAAAUUGAUCGAUCGAAAACUUUGUAGUUGUAAUUUAUAUGAUAUUUUUUU